AUGGUGACUGGGUGUCACAGCCGUGGAUGGGAUUUUUUUCUCCCACAUUCCACCAAUUCAUAUUCUGAAGAGUCUGAGCGGCUGCUGAUCACAGGGGAGGCAGUUUCCACAUGCUGCUAUAUGAAAACGGACUACAGCUUCUAUCUACGAGACGUUGUUAAGCCAGCAGAUCCAGGCAUUUCAAUCUGCUCUAUAGAAAAUGAGGGGAGUGAUGAACAAAUCAUUGAAAUAGAGGUGAAGCCUCCCUCGACCUGGCCGCAGCCCCACAGUUUCUUUCCUCUUAAGCAUGAGAUUGAGUAUGAGAUACGGCACAAUGGGGAGCUGAAGACUGAAGAAAGGGAAGAGGGCUCAAAGAUCAAAGUUAAGGGCUCCAUCACCAAACUAAGGGUCCGCUGCAGAGACCUGCUACUCCUCUCUCAGUGGAGCGAGUGGAGCAAGUGGAAAAAUGUGCCCAAAAGGAAACAAAGAGGCUGUAACAAAGAAGCACACUCAAAACCAUGCAACAAGAAGAAAAAUAAACAGAAAACUCGGCAGAAGAAUUGGAAAUGCCUGAAUUGGGAAUUUUGA